AAAUGUGUUAACGAAAAAUCCUGCACUUCACGAGUUUCCAAUCAGAAUCUCGCCAAAUUCCUCACACAAACGAUGGAAAUUCUCAAGCGUCUCGGAGGUCUCGUUGUUCGUGCCGCACAACGUUUCAACGCCGAAUCGCGUGCCCACAAAGUCAUCGACAAAAUAAAAGCAGGCGACGUGCGACCCGCACCAAAAUACGAAGCAGCGGUACGUCAACUCGAACAAACGCUCGAACAAAAUCCGGGUCUAAUCGAAAAACUGAGCAAAAAAGAUGCGCCCCUCGACGAUCGUUUGCGACAAGUUUACGUCACGAGUCAACGCGAAAUUAUUGAACCCGAGCAAACGUCAGACAGACCAUUGCCGCUGAGUCGAACGACACCCGAGGAAUUCGAUUUUGGGUAUUUGGAGCCGCAAAAAGUGCCGCGAGGGAAAAUUGCGAUGCGAGACGUGCUGCAAAUGUUGAAUGAGCACCAAAUGGAUCCGGAGGAAGGGACAGCGGCGAAAUUUUCGGAAAAGUACAAAGUUAAGGAGAGUUACAUCGAAGACAUUUUGAAGCAUUAUAAAGUUUUGUCGGUGCACAUUUCGGAUCCGAAAAUGAAGAAAUUGACGCCGCAAAAAGAGUUGCCAUUAGUUCAAGGCGUGAAAGAGAAAGAUCUCUUGAGAAAUCGAGAAAAAAAUCGUGAAAAAAAGGAAAAUUAUUAAAUUUAUCGUUUUGUAAAUUAGAAAAAUAUUAAAAAAUUGAUUAAA